UUAAACUUCGAAUUAAUUAUAAGUUAAUUAGUUAUUCGUUUCAUCAGAAGUCGAUUUCUAAUUCAGUGUUUGUUUGUGUGUUUAUAUUGUUUUUAUUAGUACGGAACGCUAAUCAAAUUUUGGUGGUAACUACUGGAAAAAAAUAUUCCCACCUUUUACCAGUGGUAACUACUAAGAAAAAAAUUCCCAGUAGUUACAAGUUAAAAUUGGUGGUAACUAGGAUUUUUUUCCCCACCUUUUACCACUGGUAACUACUGGGGGAAAAAAAUCCCACUAAUAACCCCUCCUAGCAGGGAGGAAAAAGCCAAAUAUUUUUAUUCACCGACUGUAUUAGAUACUUUUAUUAAAACAGUCAUCAAUUUCUUAUCAAGAAGAUUUUAAAGAGCCCAAAUUCAAUGAGGUUGUUUUGUUUCAGCUCCAAUGCCCACCUUCGAUCUGCAUCAUCAGCUCGAAUUCCCUGUUCUUUUCCUAUCCGAACACUUCAUACAGGGUUGAAACGAAAAAAAGAUCACCCUACUUUACGUGUGUAAAGCUUUCUCUUUCUAGUUUCUAUUAGAGGUAUUUAUUUACCACUUGUGCCGAUGUGAUUGAUAGGUAUGUUACCGUAAAAAAAAAAGUUUUUAGCGAAUACACGUUUUCCCUAGUUAAAUACAGUUUUCCGUAUCGCCUGAGAGAAAACGCGCUUUUGCUAGUUAAAAGUUUUCCGUAAGGCGUCGGUGAAAAUUAGUUUUAACUGGGAUUUUUCAGUAUAAACUAGUUUUCGCAAAGUGCCUUGGUGAAAAUUGUUUAUCACUACCGAACUUUAAAAAAAUUGCCAUGCCGCACCUCCCUUUAGCAUAACAUUUUAACGAUUAGAGAAUUUAACGAUAACAUUUAUGACUGCAUAUCUUACUUAUCAUCAGACAAGCGCAUUAGGCUUUUCUUUUUCACGACACUCUUUAUUCAUAUUGUGCACGAGUGUGCAUGACUACUAAGACCUAAAGGUAUAAUAUAAUAUUUUUAAAUGAUCCGUUCUCUGGGAAGGUUAUCAAUAAGAGGCAAAAGCCUCACUUCAGUAAAGCCGUAUAGCGUUAGUGCUGAAUUGAACAGGAUGAAGGGCAAGGUAGCUAUAGUCACAGCAUCUACUGAAGGGAUUGGUUUUGGUAUUGCUAAAAGACUUGGAAAUGAGGGUGCAUCUGUAGUAAUAUGCAGUAGGAAAGACAACAACGUUCAGAGGGCUGUUAAAGAGCUUCGUAGAGAAGGCAUUACUGUAGAGGGCGUAGCAUGCCACGUCGCGGAUGCAGAACAGAGGAAGAUAUUAUUUGAUACUGCCAAUGCUAAAUUUGGGGGUCUAGAUAUAUUAGUAUCGAAUGCUGCAGUUAAUCCAGGAGCAUCAUCAGUGUUAGAGGCAGAAGAAGCCAAGUGGAACAAAAUAUUCGAAGUGAACGUGAAAAGCUCUUGGUCGCUAGCUAAGGAAGCCUACCCUAAUCUCGUCAAGCGAGGCGGUGGCAGCAUAGUGUUUAUUUCAUCCAUAGUUGGAUAUAAACCUAUGUGGCCUAUAGGUCUAUACAGUGUGAGUAAGACAGCAUUGAUCGGGUUGACUAAAGCUAUAGCGAAUGAAGUUGCGGGCGCCAACAUAAGAGUUAACUGUGUGGCGCCUGGUGUUAUUGCUACUAAAUUUGCUUCGAUUCUUACUAGUUCGGAAGAUCUUUGGAAGGAAAUUUUGCCACAAAUACCAAUGCGACGGCUGGGAGAGCCAUCAGAAAUAGCUGGAGUUGUGGCGUUUCUGGCGUCCAGCGACGCCAGCUUCAUUACCGGCGAGACCAUCGUGGCGGCGGGAGGAAUCCACGCUCAUUUAUAGUUAUAAAUAUGGGUAAUUACCCAUACCCUGGUUUAAUGAGGCCAAGGAUGUAUCAGAGCUAGUGAUUAAUUAUUUAAUUAAGUAUCGGCUCAAGUGUUUUCGAUAUCGACAGGAAGCAACUUGUAAAUCAUAAU